CAAAAAAACAGCAAUCGUUGAAUCAAUUUUAUUUCCAUGAAAAGAACAAGACCCAUGGUGUAAAUAGAUGCCAAUCACAUAAGACUGGAUCCUACAUAAAAUAAAACUCAAGAUUGGCUACAUUUAUCAGACACACAGAAUUAUUAAAUACUCGAUUUUGCGGAUUUGUACUAUCUCCGACGAGCGAUGCUACGUUACUAUUCAAUGUUGUAAAACAGCAAACGUUUAUAUAUAAUUAUCUAUAAUUACACGAACAAUUUUUUUGCACAUGACCGCAGAACGUGAUAGAACAUUAUAUAUUUUUUUAAUUACAAUACUGGCGUAAGUUUUUUAGAUUUGGCAAACGAAAUGUCUGAGCAACCUAAGAUCGUGCUAUUAGUUACAAAAAUCUAUGUAAAAAAGAUUGAAUCACUUGUUCGACGUGAUGUUGUCAUUAAUUUAAAACUUUGACUUCACAAGUGAUAAUAGAAUAGUGCAAAAUGGCUGACAAGAGUUUUAUAUUGGGGAUGGAUAUUGGAACGACUUCAGUAAAAGUUUGUGUCUACGACCCAAAAACAAAAGAAAUUGUUGCUAAACAAAAUAAGGAUACAGCGGCAAACAUACCGAGCGAUCAGGGUAUAGAAGGUAACAAACAAGAUGUGCCAAAAAUAGUAUCAGCUAUUCAUUACUGCAUCUCCCGUCUUCCGAGAGAUGUACUGCGAAGUGUCACAAAAAUUGGAGUGUGCGGACAAAUGCAUGGAGUCUUGUUAUGGAAGAAAGGCGCCUGGGAAAAGGUCGAAAAAGAUGGAGUUGUGAUGCGGUUUGAAGCAACUAGAGAAAACAUGUCAGCACUGUAUACUUGGCAGGAUACAAGGUGUAAACCUGAAUUUUUGGAAUCAUUGCCUAAACCUGAUUCCCGUCUAAAUUGCUACUCCGGAUACGGAUGCGCAACUCUCUUAUGGAUGCUUAAACACAAACCUGAAAAGCUGAAAAACUUUCAAUAUUCUGGAACAGUUCAAGAUUUUGUGGUUACUAUGCUUUGCGAUUUAGACGUACCAGUAAUGUCUGAUCAAAAUGCUGCCAGUUGGGGAUAUUUUAAUACUGAAAAGAACGAAUGGAACAUUGAUAUUUUAAAAUCAGUCGAAUUUCCAGUGGGGCUUCUACCUAAAAUCAGUAGAAGUGGGGAAAUUGCAGGAAAAUUGAACGCCGCUUGGAAUGGCAUUCCCGAGGGAACACCUGUAAGUGUUGCUAUGGGUGACUUACAGUGCUCUAUUAUUGCAACUCUUGAAACCAGAGAUGAUGCAGUACUAAACAUAUCAACGUCUGCUCAGUUAGCAUUCGUGGUAGAUAACGUAUCAGAUUUAGGCUGUAAAACAGUCGAGCACUUGCCUUAUUUUAAUAACACGCACUUAGUUGUAGCUGCGUCUCUAAAUGGAGGCAAUGUUUUAGCUACUUUCGUGAAAAUGCUUCAACAAUGGAUGCUUGAGCUAGGUUUUCCUACUCCUCAGUCUAAGGUAUGGGAAAAACUAAUUGCUUUGGGUUUGGAAGCUAAACCAUCGAAUAUGCAAAUAAUUCCACAUUUGUUAGGAGAAAGACAUGCACCGACUGCAAAAGCUUCAGUGGAGAAUAUCGAUCUUUCUAACAUCCAACUGGGUAGCGUGUUUAAAUCUCUCUGUGAUAGCUUGAUACAAAAUUUACAUCACAUGAUGCCUAAAGAAAUAUUGCGAAACGCCAAUGUAAAACGAAUUGUUGGAAAUGGUUCUGGUUUAUCUAGAAAUGCUGUAUUGCAGAGAGCUGUUGAGCACUAUUACAGCUUGCCACUAGAAUUUACUUCAGGGGGUGAUGCAGCGAAAGGGGCUGCUAUCGCAAUCAUAUAGUCAUAAUUUAUUUGUUAUUUGUAACAUUAUUCAAAUUGAUCUUUUUUCGUUAUUCAUUAUUGCUCUCUUUGUUCUAGGGCGUAUUAAAGUAGGAAUGUUCUAAGUCGUAACAAGUAGUUUCAAAGCGUAGAUGCAAUUAUUUAUUAAUGGGUAACGUAAUAACAUUUUGGCAAAAAAAUUAACCGUAUUUUUUUCAAAAUAGUUUUUGAGGUUUUCUUAAUUUAUAUCAUUCCAAUUAAUUACAUACCUAAUUACGACACACUGGCGAAAUUACAAGGUAAAGUAAAAUUUAAAGGCUACUAGGUACUAAUCUAGAUAACUAAAAUCAACUUUCCAUUGUUUAUUAUGUGUUAGUUUUUGUAAGUUUGUUAGAUUUUAUUUAAUAAAAUAUACUUAUUUUAAUUCGAAUUGUGUUCAAUUUAUCGUUUAGCGUAGCCCAAAUAUUUAUACCCAUCUAUUUUUAAAUAGUCGUAUGUCAUGUCCCGCGUUCAUUAGUGUCUUGAUACUUAGUAUACCGCUAUUUCAUGACAUUAAAACUCAACGAAAAAGUUGUUUUUUUUUUAAUAGUUUUAAUACUGCAGAUAUUCAAGGUGAUUUUUAAACCUAUUGCUUUCUAAAAAAAAAGUAAAUGUACGAGAUAUUUACACCUACGUAACUUUUUUUUUACCGACAAUCCAAACUCUAUGCAAUCAAACUAUAUCAUAUUGAUAAA